AUGAUCAGCAAGGCUUUUUUCCUGAUAGCGCUAAUUGCAAUUGUCUAUGGCAGUCAUCACGAGCACCAUCAUCAUCAUCAUUCUCAGCCCUACAAAUUUGGCUACGAAAUCAAGGAUCACCACGGAUCUCAACACAGACAUGAACAUGGCAAUGGCCAUCAUGUUCAGGGAAGCUAUGGUUUCACUGACCACAGAGGUAUCCACAGAGAAGUCCACUACGUAGCUGAUCAUCAUGGAUUCAGAGCCACUGUUAAGACUAACGAACCAGGAACUGCCAAUCAAGAUCCUGCUCAUGUUAAAUUACAUUCUAAUGCCCAUUAUUUUCACCAUCAUCAUGAACCCCACCACCAUGGUCAUCAACAUCAUGGUCAUCAUCACCACGGGCAUGCUCACGUAUAUCAUCAUCAAGAACAUCAUGGACAUCACCAACACUACGGACACCAUCACGGUUAA